UGAGCGGUGCUAGCAUUAUUUAAUGCAGAUUUGCUUGGAUAAAAAGCCCAGGGUGGCAGGGCUGAGUCGUCAGAGAUUCGUUCUGAACCUAUUCAGCCAUUUAGUUCAUUUUAGGUUUCCUCUCCUUGAUGGAAGGUUGUUAUUAAUUUCAGGCUGGAUUAAUCAACUCCCUUCAGAUCUCACCCAGAUUAAUUGAUCGUCUGUCCAGCACUGAUUAGCACAUCCUAUAGACUUGACUAAUCUAGCCAGAGCUAAUUAGUGACACAACUAGUCUCUUCCAGGCAGCCAGCCUGAAGCUGAUUAGUAUUGCCCAAGCCAGAGCAGCCCAUCCAGCCUUCUUAAUCAGUUUUAUCCACAAUUAGUUAACCAAUUUCACACUAGACUAGUCCUUCAGACUCGCUCCAUUUCCAAGGCAGCUACUGCAUAUUACCUUCAUUUACUUGGGUCUAAACUGCCUGAUCUAGAACUAAUGAGUUUAGCUACCAGCAGGAUUCACUGAUUAGGAUUCAGCUGUGUCAGAUGGGUCACUUCAGGUUGCAGCAGGUAGGUGUUGUGAUGAGAUGCUUUUAAGGGAGGAAAGAAUAGCAUUCUCAUGCAGAAAACACGAGAUCUAGGUAUUUCCCCUGCAUUCAUGUUAUUCCUUAAUAUGAGUUUCCUUAACUCCUUCUCUGUUUGUUGCUUCAUGGAGCUGGAUCAGGAGGUUUCGUGAGUAUAAGCAGCAGCUCAGAGGCCUGGCAGGAAGAGCUGACCUGGGCAGUUUCUCUGGGCUGGGCACUGGGCUUUAAUGCCCUCCAUAUAGAGCUGCUGAUGAGUCAGGAGUGACAGACAGCGGCUGAUGGCUGGGAAGUGCAAAUUCUCUCAGGCAAAGCCUGCAGUGUGAGGAGGGGUGGGAGCCUGCCAGCCAGUGCCUAUAAGUCCUCAGAGGUAGGUCAGGCAGCGAAGCUUCUUGAAGGAGAUGGGCCCUCUGCUUUGCGUGCGAAGGGAGAGCCCUGCAUGCAGCCUUGCGUUGCAAUGCACAGUGCCCCCCACGGCACCCUCAGCAAGCCCCUGGCUGGAAAGGGAGCAGGUGGUGGCUGAAGUGCAGUGGUGUAGGGGUGCAGGGCAGGGCUGGAUGGGCACUGGGGAGGAUGGACUGGUGGACAAAGGGCCUUGACCUUCAUGUGCAGCAGACACAGGCUGCUUGAGUCCCCCAGCUGUGCCCUGUGCUCCUGGCAGCAGCCCACAUGCUGAGGGCCCCUGAGUUGCAUUUCAGUUUCCAGCACUUCAGCGUGGCCUGAUCCUGCAGCAAAACCUCUCCGAGGUGGCACCUCUCCCAAGCAUGGUGUCCAUGCCUCUCACUGCCACUGGAUUGCCAGGGCGGGCUUGGAUCCUGGCUGCCUGUCGAAAUAGUGGAGCAGCUGGGGGAACUGGCCUCUGCUUCAGCUCGGUGCGAUGUUGGUCAGACUACUUCAUGGUUUUAUGCUGGGCUGUCCAAGCACUUGGAGAUGCCCAGGUAGUAGGUGCUGCAGAAGGGGGAAGCACCAGCCUUAAUGGCAGCCACUUCAGCAUGGAAAUGCAUUCUGCUAACAUGUUUGAUGCUCGUGCUCACCAUGUGGCUUCACCCUUUUCCCUGACAUCCUCAUGCUAGGCUGCUUUGGCAAGCUUCGCCUGGCCUACAGCUGGCUCCCCAGCUCCUCAGGGGCUGAUACCAAAUCCAGAAACUGCUUCAUGCAUGGCUGAGAUUUCAGCCUUUCCCCAAAGCUUUCCCUUCCAAGCAGCUAUCAUCUAGGUCAGUGCUUCCCAACCUCUCUAGGCCCCAGCCCACCCUACUUGGAAAAUGCUAGCUCUUGGCUUUCGCUCCAUUUUUGACUACAGCAAAAUACUAGAGCAAUUCUGUUGCAAAGAUCUCCGAUCGCAAUGGGGCAGGGUGAUUGUGACCCUCUGGAGAGCCCUGGGGCUGUCGUGUGAACCCCGUGUAGGUGACUGCACACCCAACAGUGCUUAUCAUGUCGAGCCCUGGGGCACCCUCAAAAGGAUCUCGGGGGUACCCGGGUUGAGAAUCGCUGGUUUAGGAGCAGCCUGAAGGUGAGACCCUGACACAGGCCCCCAAAGAAGAAGGGACUGUACUGCAACACGUUUGCUGGGCUGGUGUUUUUUGAAGGGGAGGCAGAGAAGACAUAAACCACAGGUCCCGACUCACACUUUGAAAUGUGAGCGGUUGCCAGCCUAGAAACAGCUCUAAAUAACAGCUGUGCCGUGCCUAGCUGGCCACAGAGACCUGUUACUUAACUCUCCUGCAAUAAAAGACAACAAACAACAGGCCGUGUCCUGGCUCUGGGACCCACGCGGCCCCAAUGCACAUGAUGAAGCUGGCAGGGCUCUCCGAUCCCAGGAGAUCACAAGGAUCAGGGGAUCAAGUGUGGCCUUGUUCCUGGAAGCAAUGGAGCAAGGAACAGCACCAAAUGCUUCUGGGCUUUUAGACUGCAGGACUUGACACGAUCGGGGACUGAAGUGGAGGAAGUUCGGGGUCAGGGUGGCUUCUUCCUUUUUCCCCAUCCUCCUCCCUGGCUCUGCCGCUGACCAGCUGAACCAUUGCUCCGCUCCUCAGCAGAGCCGUCCAUGAAGCAGGCAGUGAAUAGUCCUUGCCUGGUCAUGCUGCAGUGGUCCCUGGCACUUCCCCAGUCACAGAACUGCUGCGUCCUGGGGCUAGGAGCAAAACUUCUUGCCCCAGAUAGCUUCGAUCAGCAAGAAAUAGUUCAUCUGCAGGGAGUUAUACUCGCUGCUGCAGGAGCCGAGUGCAUUCAGGCCUGCAGUGCUGAGGGCAGCAUGGAUGCCUUUUGUGCCUGGAAAGCAGCUUUCCAGCAAGCCAGGAGGAGCAUCUAUGCAAGGGGCAGCUCAGACCUCUGCUGCAGAGGGUAUGGCCUGUAUGAGCAGAGAUGCUGACAGCUGCUGGCGCUCACCUGGAGAGCCUUGGAUGCAGGGAUCUAGUCUGCCCAGGCCCUUCUGAAAGUGCCCCACCUGCCUCUCUGGGCAUCCCCUCCCCUUUGGCAGCCUGGCCCCCAAGCCCUGCUCAAGUAGGGUGCAGGAUCCCCUCCAGCCUGCCUUUCCUCUCUGCCCUAAACAGGCUGAGCAGCAAUGGUGGGGCCUGAGCGGCUCUAGGGACAGGCAGCAGAUGCUCAAGCCUCUCAUUUGCAGGUCACCUCUAGCCCUCACCUGUUGCAAACUGGCUGCUCGGUGCCAGGGCACAGCUAGCUCGAAGGGUCUCGGGCACCAGGGGAGAGGUGUCUGCGUUCCCAAGAAGCACCCCCCAAGCUGGCAUUAAUUGGCAGCCUCCUUGUUGCCCCAUCAGCAAAAAGCUGCAGCCUGAAUGAGCAGCCCUGGUAUCUGGAGGUGGGUUCUGCCCAUCGGGGCACAGACAGCCCCCUCCUCUUCGACAUGCCAAUGCCACAUGGACCUUCCCAGCCUGCCUAGGUCUCUUGCUCUCGGUGAGGUCUUAGGCCUGGGAGAUGCUGUGUGUGGCAGCUGCUGGUCUGGAGACGUUCCCUGGCCUGAUGUCUGCUCUCCAGGGCCCGUCCUCUCUGGUUCCACGCGUGCAGCCCUGGGGAGUCUCCCCACCUCUGGAUGCAUGAACCAGCUUUGGGUUGUAGGGGGGGCAUUUAUAUGCAAGAGGCUGCAGGAGUUUCCCUGUAUUGGGUCUCUGCAAGCACCACAACACCGGUGCUGGAGCGAGGCAGGGGUAACAGGCUACGGACACCGGCUUAGGGGGCAAACCGGUCUUGUCUAGCUUAGUCCCCUCUGCAGAACAAACCGUGUCCAGCUGGGCUGGGCUCUGACCCCGGCACAGCUCCUCUGCUGGGUCCCACAGGACCAUCUUCCCACACCCCCAUGCAUUUGGGGCUCCCCUGGUGAGCUGCCUGGCCUGUCUGCUCUGGGAAAUCCCAGUCCCAGGUGUGGUCUAGGUUUGGGGCUGGUUCCCUGUGGUUUGGUGAGUGCUCAGGCCACGUUUCACACCAGGGCACAGCAAGGAUACAGGGUGGUCUACUGACCUGCCAAACAGCGCAGGUAGCAGCAGGUGCUGACCUGUGUCCUUAGCCCCUUUCUUGGCUGCCAGCCCCAGCCCUGAGCCCUAUGGCACUGAACGGGGAUGGAGGGGCCAGCCCAGCCAGCCUGAUGCCCCCGUCCCAAACCUGAGUCACUCUUACAUGAGCUUGGAGCACAGCCCCUGGGAAAACCAGCCCCGUAAACACGCGCCCGUCUGUCAUCAUGCCCGGGUGAGUCAGGAGGCUAUAAUUAGCCGGGCUGACCCCCCACAGCCCCUCUCGCCUGCCUGUACUGACAGGCCUCCCUGCAGCCGGGGGCCGGGAUCUGGAAUAAUAACCUGUUUAUCGCUGGGGUUUGCUGGUGAAUCUGGAAGCGACACCCUGAUCAUGUGAACCUGGUAUGGAUUCAGCCUGGGGGGUGGGGGUCGCAGCCUUCAUGCUUGAGGUUGACACUUGCUCUGCCUGGCCACGAAGAUGUCUCCUGGACAGCUCCUUCUGGGCCAAAUGCCAGAUUUUCACCCUGAAAAUGGGGUAAUAAGGGGCAGCUGCUACUUGGGUGGCAGGGGUCACAUCCCUUGCUCAGGCACUGCUCAGUGAUAGAGGAGCUCAUGACACAGGUCCUGGACUCCGCUCCCAGCUCUGCUCCUGCCCUUAGGGCAGCCUCUUGGUCCCCCUGCCUCAGUUUCCCCAUCUGUUGGUAAUACACCUUGAGAUCUGUGGAUGGAGACUGUUCAGGACUGUUCCCCUGUCUCCCGCGACUGCAAAGUACCUCUAAGAAACCCUCUAGGGAUCCCUGGGCAGAUGGGGAAAGAUCUCCAUGCAUCUGAGCUGUCUGUCUCUCCUCUCCGGAGCCUCCUUGUCUCACCCAGUGGAGCCAUAAAUCCCAGCCCUGUCCCCAUGCAAGGGAGCUGACGGGGAUGUCCAGCAUGCAGGCCGAGAGUGGUGUCCUGUGACGGGGUGGCACCCCUGUGGAGAAGGAAAUCCCCUUUCCUCUCCCAUGGAAGGAGCCAGCAGCUCAGAUGUGCCUCCUGCGGGACGUGGGUGCCUAGACGGGGCCGGGCUGCACCGGAGGUCCGGGCACAGCACAAGGGCCUCUCUCUGGGGGGGACACCAGCCUGCCAUCUCCCAGCAGAAAUAGGAUCCCAGGCCGGUUGCCACAAGCAAGCCAAGACCCCCCUGAAACCAAGGUCCAUGUGGGGGACACCACCCUGGGGCCCUUUGCCUAAGAGUUGGGGCUUCACCCCAGGGGUGCCUGCCAAAGGCUGGAGGUAGGGCUGCACCCCAGAGGUGGCUGCAUUUCAGUGGCAAACAGAGAGGGCUUCUCCAUUCCCAUUUCCCUGUGGGUGAGGUUGCAGGGAGCUGAGCAGCUGGGCCCCAAUUAGCAGCUCUACCCCAGGCGGGAGCAGUUACCAGGCGGUAUUUCUUUUAUUAACACUUCUGCCCUGGAAACUGGCAGCCGGCAGCCCAGCUUAAAAAAAGAACGGCUGGGAUCUGAGCUAAGCAACUCCCACCCCCCACAAGUGCCUGAGACCAUGGCUGAUCAGGGCUGUGCUAGCCUCCGCCAGGAAUAGCUGGAGCUGCAGUGCUGGAUGCAGGGCCCCAUGCCAGCUCGCUGGCCCCGGGUUUGUGCUAGUGUCAGGCAAAUCCUUGGAGCCUAGUUGCUCUGCUAGUCGGCAUCUCCAAGCUUUAUGCGCACAGCCACAGACGGCCCCCAGGACUGCGGCUGCCUGCAGAGGAAGCCCCGUCAGGCCUGGAGACUUGAAUUCCUUGCCUUGCUGGGUGACCUUGGCCAGCAGCUUCCCCUUCUUCCUCCUCCUGGCUUAUAUCAGGCUCCUCUCUUUGGCCUGUCAGCGCUUCGAGGCAAGAGGCAGCUCUCGCUGUGCGUUUGUCUGGUGCCUAGAGCAAUCUCAAUGCAACCUCUACCCUACAGGAAUGACACUCUGCUCCCAAGCUCAGCCGCACAGAUGGGACUGGGGGAGUCGAGCGAGGUGGCCAAGGUCAGCAGAGAGUCAGUGGCAGAGGCAGGAAGGAGAAGCCGUGUCUGGUGCUCAGCCCUGUGGUUGAAGCACCAGGCUCAGCCUCCUCUUCUCCAGGGAGGGACCAGGCCAGUAAACACAAAGCCAAAAAUGUCUUGGCUAAUUAGCAAGUGGCCCCAGAAAAUCUGCAGUCGAGAGCCUAGGGAGGCAGGCUGGGAGGUUGCUAGAAAAGGAUGUUCAGAAAGCUCAGAUCCCGGGGCCCCAGAGAUACCGGCCUGCUCCUUGCACCCCUACCACUGUAGUAAUAACCAUGUGAUCCUAGCGGGGUGGGGACCAGCCGCUCCCCGCAGCUAUGGGAGCUGCAAAGGGAAAGUGGGCUCUGCCUGUCCCAUCCAGGAGAGUGCAUCCGGCUGGCUUUGCCUACUGUUUUGCAGUAGAAACGUAGCUCUCGCCAGCCCGAGGUGACCCCAUGGGGACCAGGAAAGGUGAGAGGUGAUGUCGUUUCAGGAGUGACAGCUGAGCGGGGAAAAGGUAUUUUUAGACUGUGUGAGUGGCCUAGAUUUCCUGUGCUUUCUACCCAUGUAACUCCAGUGUCCAGUGAACGUGCUGGGGGAAGGCAGCCUCUGUUAAAGCUUCAGCCCACCUCAUCCUUCCUUCAUCUGACAUAAAGGCCCACCCUUGUGUUUUGGUACAGGUGAGGGCUUGAUCCCUUGCAAGAUCCAUCAGCUCGCCCCAUCUGGUCCCUUCCAUUGCAGGACGGCCCCGUGGCUCCUGAAUCUGAAGCGGAGUUUCCUCCACUUCCCAGGAGAGCCGGAGCUGUCUCCAUCCCCGCGCUAAAUCAUCCCUUCCCGCCCUGGAGCUGAGGCCCCGUGGGGAGCCGCAGGCUGUUACCGUGCCUUGCUGAGUCCAGCAAAACGUCUUGAGCUCUCUCAGUCUCUCCUCUUCGAUCCGCCUCUGCUCCCCGUGGGCCAUUCCAGCAGCUCUCCUCUGCCUUUUUGUCUUUGCCCGUGCCUGCCGGCGUGUUUGCUUUUAGAUCAGGCUUUCUAACAUAUGAGCCAGAUCCACUUUUUUCCUCCUAGUAAAAGCAGGUAAGAGGGACCUGCAGGUGGAGAGUGUCCUGGCUUCUGAUGGAGCCAGGUCAGCGCUGCCUGUGCUCUCCUCUCUCGCCUCGGUGCAAGCAGUGGUAGCAGCAGCUGAUCCGUCCCCUGCGCCUCUGAACCACCUGCGGUAACACAAUCCCGCUGUGGACAUCCCCACCCUGGGAAAACAUCCUGACAACAACUGGGGCUUGUUGAAGAAGGGGAGCAGGGAGCCAGGGCGAGAGGGCACAUUGGGAAUGGGUCUUGCAGGGGUGAGGGCACUGCCAGCCCAUGGUGGUAGACCCUAACCCUAACCCUAACCCUUCCCCUUCCCUGCAGUCCCCAUGUAAACAGAGCUUGUUUUCCUCUGGGUCCUUUCCCGGAGGGCUGGGCUUCUCCAGGGACCGGGGGCACGGCUCGGCUGGCUCCACGUGGCUGCCGGGAAGGUAAACAGGAUGUUUUCCAUCUGGAUCUGGGUCAGAACUCGUGGUAGGAACCGACACGCCUGCAUUCUCCUGAGCGUCUUUCCAGGGAAUUGCCUGCCACUCACCAGCCCGUCGGCCGGGGAGAUGCACAACAACUCUCUGAGACCCGCCGAGAAGCAAAGAAACAUAGCCUGGUUAUGGGUGCAGGGCACCCAGGGGCGCUGCACGUGGUGGGAUAAAACAGUUCCAGGCAUGUUAGGGCAUAUCAGUGGGCAGGGGUGGAUCCAGGGGUUGCACUUGCCCCCCCAACCUUUCAUGCUUGCUCCAUUCGAAGUUUAAAACAACUGUCUGGCCAUGAAAGCAGCAUUUCUAUCCAGGCAGCAGUGAGAGCAUCAAUGGACUUCACGGCCCAUUAUAAUUCACCUGCUUCCUUCUCUGCGCCUCACUGCACAGGUGUUAACCACCCUCUUUCCGUUUUCUGGUUUAUUUUUAAGUGGAGAAAAAUAGGUGGUGUUUUAUAUAUGAUGAUGCAUCUCCGCACAUGCACCCCCCUUUUCAAGAUGAUAGAUCCACCCCCGUGGGUGGUUGCAGCGUUAAAGACUGUGCAGAGGGGGAGAAAGUCAGGGGCUGGCAGGAGAGGCUGCGAAACGGUUUGGGUACCGCACAGCUGGUCUGCCGCUGGCUUGGGCUGGGUGGCACGGCCAGUCGUGGGACUCUGGAGUGCUGCACGUAACAUGUAUGAGCACCCGCAGAGACUACGAUGCGUGAACUGUUUAACGAGCUGCAAGAGGCUUUGCUGCAAUGCCUGGAGAAUGGGAGAUGCACUGGGAACACCCUGGGUUGAAGGGCGCAGGCGGGGUGAGGAUGGUGGGGACGUGCCCUUGGGGAGGACGAAGGUGCCUUGGAAAUGGGGCAUGGGAUUGAGAACCAGGAACCUCGCUCCAAGUUAACCCUUCACAGCUUAGUAAGCAGGGCUGGGGGGGCAGGCUGGGGCUGCUGUUUGCUGUUAACCCCCGAGAAGCAUGACUCUGUUGACAGCUGCAUCUCCAGUUGCUUUGUCCUGAAAGACACUGGAAAUCCCUGGAACCGUAGCCACGGCAAGGCCCGAACACGUUGUCCUCAGCCUUGUUUACAGCCCCCCCCGGCCCUCCAGAGGGGCGAUUGCUCAUUCUCACAUGUGACAGGCAGCAGUUCAGCUGGAAACUUGACCCUUCCCAACUGGUUUUGCUCAACCAGGGCCCAUGUGACCCUGAGAUAAAUUAUAAAUAGACACCUAAGAGGAGCCGCAGACAAAGGCAGGAGCCAGGCUUCAGUUUUAGGGAAGGAGCAAGACUUUGAUCUCCGAAACCCAGCCCUGGGUAAGAACAGGGACCGAGCCAAAGCAGCAAACUCAGGAGCCAGUCGCCCGGCAGUGGAUUUAACCCAGAGGGGCUGAGGGGCGCUAUGGAUUACCAACCCAGCAUCAUCCGGGACUCGAACCCCAUGGAGAACCUGGAGAAGCAGCUCAUCUGCCCCAUCUGCCUGGAGAUGUUCACCAAGCCCGUUGUGAUCCUGCCUUGCCAGCACAACCUGUGUCGGAAAUGUGCCAGCGACAUCUUCCAGGCUGCCAACCCCUACUGGCAGACCCGGGGCACCGUCAUCUCGGGGGGCCGCUUCCGCUGCCCCUCCUGCCGCCACGAGGUGAUCCUGGACCGCCACGGCGUCUACGGGCUGCAGAGGAACCUGCUGGUGGAGAACAUCAUCGACAUCUACAAGCAGGAGUACUCCAGCAGGCCCCUGAAGAAGGGCAAACACCCCAUGUGCAAGGAGCACGAGGACGAGAAGAUCAACAUCUACUGCCUGACCUGCGAGGUGCCCACCUGCUCCAUGUGCAAGGUCUUUGGGGCUCACAAGGACUGCGAAGUCGCCCCCCUCCAGAACGUCUUCCAGGGGCAGAAGACCGAGCUGAGCAACUGCAUCUCCAUGCUGGUGGCGGGGAAUGACAGGGUGCAGACAAUCAUCAACCAGCUGGAGGAGUCCUGCCGCGCCACCGAGGAGAACAGCCAGCGGGUGCGGCAGGAGCUGUGUGAGAAGUUUGACACCCUGGCCGCCGUCCUGGAGGAGAAGAAGAACGAGCUGCUGCAGCGCAUCACCGCGGUGCUAGAGCACAAGACCGGCUUCCUCCAGGCCCUGGUGCAGAAGUACAAGGAGCAGCUGGAGAAGUCCAGCAAGCUGGUGGAGACGGCCUUCCAGUCCAUGGAGGAGACCGGAGGUGCCACCUUCCUCAUGAACGCCCAGAAGCUCAUUAAAACAAUCGUGGAGGCAUCGAAGGGUGGUCUGCUGGAGAAGAUCGAGGAAGGCUUUGAGAACAUGGACUCCUUCAGCCUGGACCUGGAGUCCAUCAUGGAAACCCUGAGGGCUAUUGACUUUGAAGCAGAGGAGGAAGAGGAGGAAUUUAAUGAGGAGAGAGAAGAAUCAGAAGAGGAGCUGUCUCAAGAACAGAAAGUCGAUGCACCUCAAUAACGGAGCAGGAGGAAAUCCAGAGCCGAAGAAACUCCCGUGCAGGGAGCGGAUGGAUUAGCAGUCGGGGGACGGGGUGGGGGAACACUCUGACUUUGUGCCAAGCUGCAGGAGGCGGCGUCCGGCGUCCUGGAUCCCGGGGAAGAGUCGGGCUUGGCCAAGCAGGAUGAAAACUUGAGCAACGGACACUUUUCUAUACGGGUGCAAACAGGAAUAUUCCGUACAUUUUAUACGGCCUCUUUUUGUAUAUAAUUGUGACAGGACUUGAACCUUGUUGUCUUUUGUAAAAGCAGCUCUGUUGCUCCUUCCUUGUGCCCUGCCCGCUCGCAGGGGCGGGCGAUGCUGGUUCUGGGAAUGACGGAGUUUCUUUGCAACUGGGGGCGGGCGGGGGGUCCAGGUAGGACAGCACCACACCUCAGCGCGCAGAAGGAGCUGGAGCAGCUAGAAAGGCUUUUCUUGUGUUGUGUUUGUUGGGGGUCCAGCUGAGCGCCCUCCCACGACCAGGCUCUGCGAGGCGCGGGCUCCCACGGGAUUUAUUGUUCACCUUGCACAUUGUUACAAUAAAGGACCUCGGGUCUUA